AUGUUCGACACCGCCGGCGCGGUACACGUCUGGCCCGACAGUGCUGCCGCUCUCGUCAAGUCACUGCACCAGAAGUUGUUCUUCUACACGGCAGAUAUCGCCACCGGCAUCAUGCAGGGCUACGUCGUCACGGAGGACCUGCGGACGGUGCCCACGUGGCGGCUGGACCUGUCGUCGCAGGGUCAGACGAUCCGGCGCGUGCUGGCCAAGUCGCCUUACGAGCGCGUGCACAGCCAGGGUCGCGUGCUGGCCGACAGGAGCGUGCUGUAUAAGUACGCCAACCCCAACCUGCUGAUGGUGAUCACCGACGCCGACGACCCCGUCCACAAACACUCGACCAGCCUGUACCUGGUGGACGCCGUCAGCGGCCACCUGGUGUACAGCCACGUGCAGCGGCGCGUGCGCUGUCCGUGCCACGCGGUCCACUCGAAGAACUGGCUGGUGUACUCGGUAUACAACGAGCGCGCCCGGCGCACCGAGCUCACCAGCCUGGAGCUGUUCGAGGGCACCGUGCAGGCGAACGCCUCAGCGUUCUCGUCGCUGGAGGCGCCGCCGCAGCCCAUGGUGGAGAAGCAGAGCUUCAUCUUCCCCACGCAGAUCGAGGCGAUGCGCGAGACCAUCACCGAGAAGGGCAUCACCACCAAGUUCGUCUUGUUCGUGCUGCCCUCCGGCGGUGUGGUGGCGCUGAACCGGGCGCUGCUCGACCCGCGCCGGCCGCUGGCACCCGGUCGGUCGGCCAUGGAUGAGGGCCUGCCGCCGUACACGCCCGAGCUGCCGCUGCCCACCGUAGCCGUGGUCAACUAUAACCAGACGCUGCUGGGCGUGCGCGGCGUUGUCACAUCACCCUCGGGCCUCGAGUCCACCUGCCUCGUGUUCGUGUACGGACUCGACCUGUACCACACGCGGGUAUUCCCUUCAAACAUGUUCGACCAGCUGAAGGACGACUUCGACUCGACGUUCAUCGUGCUGGUGCUGGCCGGCCUGGUGGCCGCCUCGGCGAUAUCCCGGCGCCUGUCGCAGCGCCGCGCCCUCCAGCAGGCCUGGAAGUAGUCA